AUGAGGGUAUUUUUGGCAGAGGAUAAUCUGUGCGCUCAAAAUUUACUGAAACUUGUUUCGCACGGAAAUGCUAUACUUGCCGAAAUAUUAAGACUUAAAGAUCACAUACCCAAAAUAUUUUUAUUUGAAACCAAGGAGAUUCAACAAAAUUAUCAGGAUGUUAUCAUGGAUUUUAGUUACUUUAAAAUCUCAGAAAUGCAAGAAAAGAAAAUUAAUGCUAAUUCAAAACUCCAAGAUCUGGAUGAUGACUUGAAAGAAAAGUACCUGGAAUUAAUCACUCGGUUUUAUUUACUAUUUGAAAAUAUCUAUCAGUAUAUAAUAGAUCUCAAUACCUUUGUGGAACAACUGCAUGACGGAGCAUUUAUACAGCAAAGUAUGGAGACUGUUAUGAAAGAUAUGGAAGGGAAACAAUUACUGUGUGAAUCCCUGUACUUAUAUGGGGCAAUGCUUUUGUUAUGCGAUUUAUAUAUUCCUGGAAAUGCGAGGGAAAAGCUCUUAGUAGCAUUCUAUCGCUACAGUACCAACCAGUCCCAGUCUAAUGUUGACGAUGUUUGUAAAUUAUUGAGAGAAACCGGUUACAAUCAGCAACAUGGAAAACGUCCAUCCGAUUAUCCUGUGGAAUACUUUAGUCGUGUGCCUAUUCAUCCAGAUUUUCUAGAGAAGAUAAUUGGAAAAUUAAGAUCGGAGGACAUUUAUAACCAGCUGACAGUGUUCACGAUACCAGAACACCAGUCGUCUGCACUUGCUACUCAGGCAAGUAUGCUUGUAGUCUGUUUGUUCUUCACACCCCACUAUUUACAUUCCGAUACAACCAGAAUGAGAGAAAUCGUUGAUAAAUUUUUCCCUUGCAAUUGGAUCAUACCUGUUUAUAUGGGUGUUACAAUGAACAUAAUCGAUUACUGGGAUGGUUUUAAAGCAGCGAAAAAUUCACUCAAUAAUACAUGUAAUACAAAAAUCGUCAAAGAAAUCUAUUCCAAGAGAGGCAACUCGGUGCAGUUGCUGAUAAACAAGAGUCAGUUGCUGUUGAAAGAAGGCACUCUGACUGAUGACUUUGUACUCGAUAACAUCAAUAAGAUUAUAAACGUUAUAUUGAAUUCAAAUCACGUGUUACGUUGGUUGUUGUUACACAACAGUGACGUCAUAUUUUUCGAUAAUAACAAGAAGAGCAAACAACUCAAAGAUCUGGUCAUCAAGGAAUCCGGUUACGAUCCGGUGAAGAUACUAGAACUCCUCAUAUGUACAGCCGAAUUGGAACUGAAGAUUCGUGAAUUCUUAAAGAAAUUACUAGAUUCCAGAAGUGAAACGUGGAAUAAAAAUAAAAAUAUAGCAUUAGACGCAGUUAACAAUUUAUCAGAGUUAUUUUCUGGUACCAUCCCGAAAUUUACUAAGAUUGACGAAAACGAACAAUUGAAGAAGUGGUUUGAAAAUAUAGCGAAACAAAUAUCAUCUUUGAACGAGCCCAUAACAUCGAAAACAAUAAAAAAAGUCACUCAGCUGUUACAAGUACUUGAUAAUGUUGAAGAGUUCCAUGGAAUUAAAAGUACCUCGACAGUCGUACAGUUAAUAUCUGAGAGCAAAGACGCCUUGAAGAAUGUUCUAAGAGCUGCUUCAUUGAAAGAAGACUCGCUCGUGACCUUGGAGACUGUAGCAGACUUCAGUUAUGCAUGGUGUACUAUAGAUUUAUACACAGUUUACAUGCAGGAUAGCAUUAAGGAGAAUCCUGCUGUAACGAGUCGCUUACGAGCUCUGUUCUUGAAAUUGGCGAGCGCAAUGGAAAUACCCCUCUUACGUAUUAAUCAAGCGCAAAGCGACGACCUGGUCUCCGUCUCACAAUAUUACAGCAGCGAGCUGAUAAAAUAUAUACAAAAAGUUCUUCAAAUUAUCCCCGAGAUGGUGUUUAAGAUUGUCGAAAAGAUUGUCGACCUUCAGACGUGGAAGAUCAUGGAAGUACCCACCAGAAUUGAUAAAGAGAAACUAAGGGAUUACGCUCAACUAGAUGAUAGGAUGGAAGUUGCGAAAUUAACGCAUUCAGCUUCUAUGUUCACUACGGGAAUUCUAGACAUGAGAUCGACCUUAGUCGGCGUCAUAAGAGUAGAUCCAGCGGAAUUACUCGAAGAGGGUCUAUUAAGAGAACUAGACGGCCAUAUCAAUAAGAAGUUUUUUGAAUUCAUUGAGCCACAAGCGAAAAAAAAUAACAGUUUGAUGAAUAGACUGCAGAAGCUUGCGGAGAGUAUGGAGGGUUAUAAGAGGUCCUUGGAGUACAUACAAGACUAUAUAAAUAUUCAUGGAUUGAGGAUUUUACAAAAGCAGGUGUCAUCAAUUAUAAAUCAAAGUGUUUCAAAGGAGAUAAGUAUCAGGAAGGGUGUGAGUCUGAUUGGUCCCUCAGCUGGGUUCAUGGGCAGCCUCGCUAGACAAGUGGCACAACUCACUGACGCUAGAAUAUGUGUCUAUAUAAACAUAUGCUCAUCCUGGUAUGAUGUAAAGUCUCAGAAUGAGGUUGUGAACACCAAAACGUUCACUAAGUUGAAAGAGGCCAUCGGUGUUGUUGGUCUCCAUGGCUUGGACACCCUGUAUGGCUACAUGAUAAAGAAUCAGCUACAGCAUGUUCAGAAUAUAUUUAGAACUCAUCCGGAAAGAAAUGUAAUUAACACGGAUAUGAAAGAUUUCGACCAGUUUGUGCUCAAAGGACAAAAGUCGUAUCAGCAAUUAGCAGAUACUAUUGUACAGAUUGGUACCUUGCAACUACUGAGAAAACAUAUAGCGUAUCAAUUGAACACCACUUGUAAAUUUGAUUCAGCACAAUUGGAAGCGUCCUUGAGAACUAUGAACGAGUCCGUUUUAAACGAAAUCAAAACAGGAUGUAAAUCAGGUUUUAAAACAGUUCCUUUAGCGUUGAUGCAAAACUUAGAAGAGUACCUCAGUCGGUGUGGAAUUUCGGAACCUUUUGAUAAAAUAUAUCUGAAGAAUGCUAAUGAGUUGGUAAAUAUUGAUAUGGGACGUUUGAUGGCUACUGUAUUGAUAUCGCAGUUAACAAGACUACAGCUGUGUCAAACUACAGGUGACUUAAUAUCGCGGAAACCCGGAGACAAUAUUGACGGUUAUCCUCUAUUGGUUGGUGUUUAUACAUUAUUACGUCAAUCGAAGACUGAGAGUGUCGAUGUGUUUGUUGAUUUCUUAUGUCAAUACUCCAAGGUCGCUGCCAUGAACAGACACAAGGGUGGUGAAACUACAAAUGAUGGAGGGCUUACCACACAAAUACUACGACUUUUCUGUGAAACAUUCAAUUACUCCUUUAACAAAUUAGAAGAUAAGCUCCCUUUGGCUUUACUAUCUCAAUGCCCUCAAAAAUAA